GUGGACCAAUUCUCUUCUUUAAAAGGCCUCCGAAAAAUCUCUGCGUUUCCUCCCAGCGCCUCUCCCCUUCCAUUCGAGGAAAAUCUUUUGUCGAGGUGGUUCGACACGCCUCUCGAUUCAAGCCCUGGUUUUCCCAUCAAUUUGGGUUCGAUUCUCGCGAAAGGUUGGGUUUUUUAGCCACGCUGGUAGGAAUUCGGGGCAUUUUUUGGUCCAUUUGAGGCCAGCGGGGGUCGGAAGGUGCGACCCUUUGAUCGAAUCGGCCGCGCAAAGGCUUGUAUUCGACGAUAAUUUAGCUCCGCAUGUGUGAUUCUUGAUUUCUGCUCGCCCGGAUACAAGGCCAAUUGGUGGUUUCUUGGCUACAAUCCUACUUCGCUGGGCAAAUCUGAGGCGCUGGGUGGUACGUCCGCAAGGAAGGCUGCCACAAUCCACGCAAUUUGAUCUUAGAUGGGGACGGGAUCGAGCAUCCUUGGCGCGGAUGCCGAUUGGGGUGAGACAUCUCUCGGCGACAUGCCGGAGAGCUGCGUGGCGGCGGUGCUGCUCAACCUUGACCCGCCGGAGAUCUGCCAGGUAGCCUGCCUCAACCGCGCCUUUCGGGGCGCCGCAUCCGCGGACUGCGUCUGGGCCGGCAAGCUGCCCGCUAACUACCGCUACCUUGCGGCCCUCGCAGCUGCUGCCGAUGAUGAGGGCGGUGGCGACGGAGACGGCAAUGUCAAGCCCUGCUCCCCUAUAUCGACUAAAAAGGGGAUUUACGCGCGCCUGUGCCGACCUACUCCAUUUGAUGCCGGUACAAAGGAAUUCUGGAUCGAGAAAAACAAGGGAGGUCUUUGUAUGUCCAUCUCCUCAAAAGCGAUGGCGAUCACAGGAAUAGAGGACCGAAGAUAUUGGAGCCACCUUGUCACAGAUGAAUCAAGAUUCCAUAGUGUUGCCUAUCUUCAGCAAAUUUGGUGGCUUGAAGUGGGUGGGGAACUUGAUUUCUGCUUCCCUGCAGGUUCAUAUAGCCUGUUUUUCCGUCUUCACCUGGGACGAGCGCACAGACGCAUGGGUCGUCGGGUUUGCGGAACUGAGCUCAUUCAUGGGUGGGAUGCCAGACCCACCCGGUUCCAGCUAUCAACAUCGGACGAACAGCAGGCGACGUCGGAGUAUUAUCUAGAUGGACCGGGAAGCUGGAUUCUCUAUCAUGUUGGUGAUUUUGUCAUCUCGAACUCGGAUGAGCUGACCAGCCUGAAGUAUUCAAUGAUGCAGAUUGACUGCACCCACACGAAAGGUGGUCUCUGCGUUGAUUCAGUUGUGAUAUAUCCGAAAGGGUAUCGGCGCGAGAAGAUGAACACGGUCUACAUGUGAUGUGAUUUUGCAGAGUGGCUGCAAUGCUGCAGCAACACGAGGCAAUUCAGAGGGAGAUGGCUAGUAUUUUUCCUGUUCAUUCUUAUCUGAAGGUCCUUGUAUAUAUCAUUUUUUUUUUCUUCUUCCUUUCUGAUGAGAGUUUUGCAUUUUGUCCUGUAUUCUUUGUAGUGUUAGUUACACAGCUAGGGGGUAGGGAAGAUCUAGAAGCAGGUUAACUUGGCAUGUUAUUUGCGGAGUGCACAGUACUAGUCGUGUAAUAAGCGGUCAAUGCCAUAUUCAUCUGUAAUUUUCAUCAGCAUAAUGAUGUUUGGCGAGCUGGGUGUU